UAAGGCUGCUAGCAUUGAGCGGCUUUCAUUUUAAAUUUUUUCUCUCCAUUAUUUAGCCUAAACUAGCUAACUUAGCUAACCAGCUCCCUGGGUUCUUUAAGCUAGUUAUGCUAGUUGUACUCGUUAUUCUAAUUAGCGACGCUGCUCAUAAUAAUAAUAAUAAUAAUAAUAAUAAUAAUAAUCUAUAAUGUUUUAUUUUUUGUUUGUUUACUUUUCGCUUUAAUAAAUUUUCGUGCACUGCGUAAGAGAGGACUUUUAUUGUUUUAUUUAAAUUGUGUUGUUUUUAAAGAGAGAGAGAGAGAGAGAGUGAGUGAGUACUUUUAGUAUAGAAAUAGUUUGAGGUAAAUGCUAGUAUUAGAUAAUAAACAGUGUUAGCUGUGCUAAGCUAAAGGGACUUAAAGGGAGCGUACUGGGUUAGAGGAUGCUCAUGUGUUCCUGUGAUAAAGUGGAUUUUAAUCGCAUCACACAACGCAAAGUUUACGAAGCCGAGCAGGAUCAUGGACACGGGGCUCAUUCAUCAAACGGGAGUACGGCCAGUAACUCUCCCCGCAGCACUCCGGGCAGUUCUCCGUCUCUACGGCGACGGGUGCUGGGUGGGCGGGCCAGCGAGGGUGAGGGGCAGAAUGAGCGCACUAGAGGGGGCGGAGCUGAAAGCUCUUCACUGCCCACAGCCUCCUCUUCUUCCUCCUUACUCCCUACACCCUCCUCCUCUACCUCCAACUACCCAAUCAGCUCGCGGCACUUCACCCGCAAUGCCAAGAAAAUGCAAAGCUGGUACAAUGUUCUCAGUCCCACCUAUAAACAGAGGAAUGAAGAGUUCCGUAAACUUUUUAAGAAACUUCCAGAAACAGAGCGUCUUAUUGUAGAUUACUCGUGUGCUCUGCAGAAGGACAUCCUGCUGCAGGGGCGUCUCUAUCUGUCUGAGAAUUGGAUCUGCUUCUACAGCAACAUCUUCCGCUGGGAGACCACUAUCACACUCCUGCUGAAGGAAGUGACGAAUCUGACUAAAGAGAAAACGGCUAAACUCAUCCCAAACGCCAUCCAGAUCAACACCGAGCAGGAGAAGCAUUUCUUCACAUCUUUCGGAGCGAGGGAUCGCAGCUACAUGAUGAUCUUCAGACUGUGGCAGAAUGCGCUAAUGGACAAAACGCUGUCUCCUAAAGAGCUUUGGCACAUCGUACACCAGUGUUAUGGCACGGAGCUCGGGCUGACGAGUGAGGACGACGAUUACGUCUCUCCCACCGGUGAACACGUCAACGGCCUGCUGCCGGGUGAUGAUUCCUCCUCCGAUGUGAUGGAUCUUUCCUCAGCCUCGGCAGCUCUCGGAUCUUCUCCUCCAUCAUCGUCUUCUUCUUCCGUUCAGCCCGUGGAGGUUCAGCCGUCCAAACACAGCGCGGAUCUGGAGCCGAGCCCAAAUACACACUCCACCACACACUCUACCUCCACCAUCGCUGCUAUGAAUUUAGAGGAAGGUGAGCAGAACGGUCAAUCGGAACCGACCAAUCAGGUGCCACCGAUGGUUCACGCGUCAUCGCUGGAGAUGACCAACGACGAGGACCUUCCCACUGACCCGAGCAACUCGUCCGACACGCAGGAAGAGAGUGAGGUGGAGUCGUUCUGUGGUGAUCUGCGAGGUCGGCUCCACAUUAACACAGUGGUGAGGAUGAGUGUGGACAAACUGCACGAUCUGCUCUUCUCUGACACACACUUCCUGCAGCACCUCUUCUCCCAGCGCAACUUCACCGAUCUGUCAGUACAGGAGUGGCAGAAAGACAGCAGCAGUGGGAUCAACACUCGAGUUCUGAGUUACACCAUCGCCAUUAACAACCCCCUCGGCCCUAAAACAGCCCCCGUGGUGGAAACACAGACUCUCCAUAAGAGCAGUUCCCAAGGUGUGUGUUACGUGGUGGACUCAGAGGUGAUCACGUCAGGAAUCCCGUACCAGGAUUACUUCUACACCGUACACAGAUACUGUCUCACCUCCGUCAGCACGCAGAAGAGCCGCCUCAGGGUCUCGUCAGAUAUCCGCUACAGGAAGCAGCCGUGGAGUCUGGUGAAGGCUCUGAUAGAGAAAAACACCUGGAGUGGCAUAGAGGAGUACUACAGACACAUGGAGGUGGAGGUGUGUAAGUUGGAGACGCUGCUCCAGUCCGAGGUAUCAGUGGUGUGUUUGGGAGAAUCAGAAGCGGGUAAAGCUCCUCCCACACUGCGCAGGCGCAAGCACACUGGCUUGAAACGUGCAGAGGGGGCAGGAUAUGGGGGCGGGGCCACAACCCAAGGGGGCAUGGCCCAUAGGGAGCGCAGAGACACAGGUGCACAGUACCUGAAGUUGGGCGAGAGGUGGCGUGGUUCUGCAAACAACAACAGCAUCACCCUCCUGCUAAUCAUCAGCUUCAUUCUGGUGGUUUUAGUAGCUCUGAACAUGAUGCUGUUCUAUAAGCUGUGGGCUCUGGAGCGAGCCGCUCACACACUCGAGACAUGGCACUCAUACUCACUGUCAGACAGUCCUCUCCCCCAGUCGUCGUCUGAGUGGAUGAAGGUUCUGGAGUUACAGCGUCGGUUCCAUCAGACGCAAAUGAAUAAGUGGCAGCAAAUCCUACACUCCUCAGUCACACUGCUCGACCAGAUGAAACAGUCUCUGGAGAAUCUACACAGAGGAAUAAUCAGACCUGAGGAACGGGAAACUGUCGCUCCUCCUCCUCCAUCUGAACCUCCAACAUCACCCACAACAGACACACUGACUGAGCAGUGACACACACACACACACACACACACACACACACACACCUUCUGACUGUUCACUGAUCUUUUAUGGACUGCAACCAUGUGAUUGGGUAAAAUUACCCAGAAUGCUCAGCCCCUCCCACUGUGACUAACUGUGAAUGCAGCGCUGCCUUCCCUUGCACCCUAAACUCUAUACCCUACAGCCUACACCCUAAACCCUACAGCCUACACCCUAAACCCUACACCCUAAACUCUAUACCCUACACCCUAAACCCUACACCCUAAACUCUAUACCCUACAGCCUAAACCCUACACCCUACAG